AAGUUGGCAAUAAUCUAUGUUUUGAAAGAACUGGAAGUUAUUAUUUAUUUUUCGCUUUGCCGUCAGCUUGAAAUAUAAGCGAAAUUUUAUUUGUCACGUAAUAUUUGAUAAAACUUUUGAAUUAAAGAUGGUUUUAGAAAGCACAAUCAUUUGUGUUGAUAACAGUGAUUAUAUGCGAAAUGGAGACUUUUUGCCCACUCGACUUCAGGCUCAGCAAGAUGCAGUUAGCUUAAUUUGCCAUUCGAAAAUUCGAUCAAAUCCAGAAAAUAAUGUUGGAUUACUAACCCUUGCAAAGCCAGAAGUUUUGACCACAUUGACUACUGAUGUUGGCAAGCUACUGUCGAAGUUACAUCAAGUACAGCCAAAAGGCUAUAUAAGUUUGUGUACUGGAAUUCGUGUGGCACAUUUGGCUUUAAAACAUAGACAAGGCAAGCAUCAUAAAAUGAGAAUUGUUAUCUUUGUGGGUAGUCCUAUUGACGAUGAUGACAAAGAAAUUAUAAAGCUUGCAAAAAAAUUCAAGAAAGAGAAAGUAUGUGUGGAUAUUGUAAAUUUUGGAGAAGAUGCUACCAAUACUGAUAAAUUAACUUUAUUUAUAAACACUCUUAAUGGUAAAGAUGGAAGUGGCUCUCAUCUAGUUACUGUUCCUCCAGGGCCGCAUCUUUCUGAUGCCCUAGUAAGCUCUCCAGUUGUGCAAGGAGAAGAUGGUAGUGGUGCUGUUGGAAUUGGUGGCAUGGGCUUCGAAUUUGGUGUUGAUCCUAAUGAAGAUCCUGAAUUAGCACUUGCCUUAAGAGUAUCUAUGGAAGAGCAGAGACAAAGGCAAGAAGAGGAAGCUAGAAGAAAUGUAUCUGCAACUAGUAAUGAGCAGCAAACUGGGCAACCAGCUGCAGAUGGCAGCAAUGAAGAAGCUAUGUUAGAACAAGCUGUUGCUAUGUCUCUUGCAACUGAAAGUAGUACAACUACUGCUUCACCAGCUGUACCUGACUUUUCUGCAAUGACAGAAGAAGAACAAAUUGCUUAUGCUAUGCAAAUGUCUUUACAACAGACACAGGAUGGAUCUGAUGAUGAAGCAGGUGCCCCGAUGGAUACUGAUGAUAAAGAUCAAUCAAAGGAGGAAGAAGAGGAUCUUCGUGAAGUAAUGGAUGACCCUGAAUUUUUGCAAAGUGUGCUUAGAAACUUACCUGGUGUUGAUCCUCAGAGUGAAGUAGUGCGUAAUGCUGUAAGUGAGAGUAAGGACAAAAAAUCGUCUCCCAAGAAAGAAGAGAAAGAUAAAAAAUAACUUAUAGUACUAUAGUCAACUGGGGAAAAAAAAAUAUUUUGUUCCAUUUUGUUUCUUUCAAUUGUAAUGAAAAAAUAAAUGUUUUGACCUUUAUACUGAA